AUGACAAAAAAGAUUUUAAUUAUUGCCGGUGAUUACGUUGAAGAUUAUGAAGUAUAUUCAGUAUACCAAUCUUUAGUUUUUGUUGGAUAUACAGUUCAUAUUGUUUCACCAGGUAAAAAAUCAGGUGACUUUAUUGUUACUGCCGUACAUGACUUCCUUCCAGGUGAACAAACUUAUACUGAACUUAAAGGUCAUAGAGUUCAAAUCAAUUUCGAUUUUGAACAAGUCAAAGUUGCUGAUUACGAUGGUUUUUAUAUCCCAGGUGGUCGUGCCCCAGAAUUCCUUAGAUUAAAUGAAAGAGUUUUAGAAAUUACAAAAGAAUUUAACGAUGCUAAAAAACCAAUUGCUGCAGUUUGUCAUGGUGCCCAAAUUUUAACUGCUGCCAAUGUUGUUAGUGGUAAGAAGUGUACUGCCUAUCCAGCUUGUAAACCAGAAUUAACCCAAGCUGGUGGUAAUUAUCAAGAUUGUGCUGUUGAUGAUGCAGUUGUUGAUGGUAAUAUUGUUUCUGGUAAAGCUUGGCCAGCUCAUCCAAAAAUGCUUCAAGCUUUUGUUGCUCUUUUGGGUACCACCAUUUCACAUAAAUAA